CUCAGUCAUUUUGAGUUAUUGGCAUACAUUGAUGCAACCAGCUUUUGUUCCAUCCGUCUAGUCAAAGUUGAAAUGAAGUGGCUGAUAAUAGUUUUAAUUUCAAUUUACCAUGCAGAAUCUGUGAUAAGGAUUCCUCUAACCCAUUUCAAGCCAAUAAGACACAUCUUGAGAGAAAACAACAAACUUGAAGACUUUCUAGUGAACCACAAUUCAACUUUACUCACCCAAAAAUACAGCAGCUGUUACCCUUCCGAAUUCUUGAUGCUUCAUGAUGUUGGUGUCACCUCUGAGCCUUUAUCAAAUUAUAUGGAUGCGCAAUAUUAUGGAGAGAUUAGUAUUGGAACCCCUCCACAGCUGUUUACUGUAGUGUUCGACACUGGCUCAUCUAACCUCUGGGUGCCUUCUGCCUACUGCAUCAGCGAGGCAUGCAAACCACAUCAGCGCUUUCAAUCAUUCUUCUCAUCAUCAUAUUCUCCCAGAGGAAACUCUUUUGCUAUACGAUAUGGCACUGGACAACUGGUAGGAGUGCUGGGUAAAGAUAAACUGGAAAUUGGAAGCAUUAUUGUACAAGGCCAAGAAUUUGGUGAAUCUGUUUAUGAGCCAGGCUCGACAUUUACUCUAGCUCAAUUUGAUGGAAUUUUAGGUUUAGGAUAUCCUGUUUUAGCUGAAGGUGGAGCCGUUCCGGUAUUUGACAGAAUGAUGCACCAGGGUCUGCUGGAAGCUCCUGUAUUUUCAUUCCUACUUAACAGAGAAAUGGACAGACAUAGAGGUGGUGAAUUGUUGCUGGGAGGGAUUAACCAUUCCCAAUACACAGGGGAGAUUAAUUGGGUCAGAGUCACACAGAAGAAGUACUGGCAAAUAUCAUUACAAAACAUAAAAUUUCACAACACUGUUGUAUGUCGCAAUGGCUGUUCUGCAAUCGUUGACACUGGAACCUCCUUGAUAGCUGGUCCUUACAUGGAAGUAAAACAAAUGUUUCAUAAUUUUGCUGACUUUCAGGUUGGCAUGGGCGAGUAUCUGGUAGAAUGCAAAAAAACACUCAGGCUGCCAAAUGUGACAUUUACAAUUGAAGGGGUGGAAUACACAUUGGAAGCAGAAGACUAUAUUAAAAAGUUGGACAGAGGAAGCUCAACGUGCCUGUAUGGAUUCCAAGCAAUAAAUAUGUAUUCUUCUGGUGACCCCCUGUGGAUUCUGGGAGAUGUUUUUCUUGCAAAAUACUACACCAUUUUUGAUCGGGGAAAUGACAGAGUGGGAUUUGCUAGAUUUCGUCAACAUUGAAGAGUCUUGGGAACAUAGGAGACUGAAACAUAAGAAGUGAACUGUUCCUAUUUAAUUUCUUCAGAAUUGUCCUUAAUGGUUUAGUAAUAUUCAAUCUUACAGGCAACUGAAAAAUUAGCAGUUCUAUUUUACUGAGAUAAAAAUAAUCAAUUCCAACUCUGAUGGCUUCAGAAACUACAUUGUGCAAUAUUGAUUUCAAUAAAGAAUUUGCAUUUCUUGAGGAUAAUAAGUUAAAAUCUUCACUUUAUUGAGAAGGUGAAGGGCCGAGGUUCGCAGUGUGGGAUCAUGCCCCUAAAGCUGAAAUAAUAGGAAAACAAAGCCAAUAAUACCAAUUUAAGUAACCGUUCAUGAUGGAAAAGGCGGAUAGGAUAGGGGGUCAUUUCCAUUGUUGACAUGAUAGAAUCAGGAUUAAUUCCUGCCAUACUCAGGAAUGGCAGGAAUUAAUCCUGAUUCCAGAAGUCUUCCACUGCCAUUGGUAAAGCACUAAAGAGGAGUAGUAAAUAUACGGCUUACUUUAAUACAGGAGUUGCUUUACUAUUAACAUCAUAUUAUAUGCAUGAAAAUAAGGCACUAAUACCAAAUUUGUGCUUCUUGCCAUGAGAAGAUAUUUUUCUGUUAAUCAAGGCAACUAUCUUUAGGGUAUUUCAGAAAUAUGGGGUUUUAAUUUCAGUCAAUGGCAAAAUUAAGUAGGUUUGGCUGACUGGGUGAGGUGGUCGGUGAACUUGAGAUUUGGUUGUCUUGGCACAAAGGGAACCAAACUGGGAAAUAGGGAAUGCCAACAUACCUAGACGGCAACAUUUAUUGGAAAAUGGGUAACAGAGGGUCCUUGGGAUGGACUGGAAGCACCCCUCCAAAGACACAUUAGGUCAGCCUCAAUGUGAUUUCCUCUGCCACUAGUCGCAGCUAUUGGUUAUCAGACAACUAUUAAACUGUUGCUGCAACUGGCAUUCCUUUGCCCAUUCAGAUGGACAUAAGAGAAACCAUGAUAUGAUUUAAAGAACUGUCAUUGAGUUCUCCUAGUUAUGGCACAGCAUCACUGAAAUAAGUCAGUCAUCUCAUUUAUUGCUUGUCAGAUUUUCCAGUGCAUAAAUUAGCCUUAUAAUUCCAAGUAUCGCUACAGGUAUUUAAAUUUACAGAAUAUUUUCACACUGUGCACUACAAUAUGCAUCUCCAUUGUUCUACAUUCUUGUGAUUUUGUGAGAAAUGACCAAUUCUUGUUGGAAUUAUAAC